AUGUCAGACGAUAGCGGAGCUUUUGGCUUUGGAAAGUCAAAAAGUCAAAGCGUAUUCAAUGAACUGGAAGAACGUAUAUAUAUACGUAUAUAGGGAUAUGGUGUGCCACUGUGGUGGCAUCUAGGUUGACCAUGAGCAACAUUAGCGGGCCAUGCAUGAGCAGGAGGGGCUGAAGGCAUAGUUGUCAAGAAGCCACUGUUGGAGGCAUGCUCGGUUAACCUCGUUGGCAGGGAGGAGUGACAAUGUAGCUGGAAGUGGUGGUUUCUGGUACAGUUGCAUGGUGGUGUGAGCGGACUUUGUGGUGAAAACAUUUUUUGGGGUGGUGUAAAUUCGAACGGCCUGUGCCAGUGUACAGUGAUAAUAACUCAGAAAGAUGCGAAUUGAGAGGGAUUCAACUAGUAUCUGAAAAAUACAAGUAAAAAUUUCGACGUUUCGAGCGAAGACCCUUCCUUGGGAAGUUAGUAUAGCAUGGAUCGGGAAAACACAUGUGCUUUUAUACCAGUUAAAUUAAAAGCGAUCACGUGACAAAAAUGUACUUUCCCGAUCCAGCUAAUGGUCCGCCCCUAAUAUAUUAUCAAUUUGUUUUAUAGUGUUCCACAAUAGAAAUGAAGUCAAACCUCCAUUUAAUCCACCAUCACGUGACGAUCUUGCAAAGACAGGUGUGGUUGUGCAUAAUUAUAGUGACCUUACACACUUAUUUAUCGAAUUUGCAUACACCCGCUAUCACUAUGUGAAUUGCAGUGUUUACCCGUAUUACAAUGAACUAUGUGCCUGUCGUCUGCAGAGAACAGAUCAUGGCCCAGAGACAGAGUACUUCCUUAUUGACUGACGUUGAUUUUCUUAUGGGAAGUGGAAACGUUUUUCACAAAAACUUAUGGCUACAUGGACUGUAUUGUGGGCACACAUGAUGUAAUUUGGAGUGGUUUCCAUGUAGCUGUCGUGACCAAGUCAUGUUCGAAAGUGUAAAAUAUUCUGGAUCUAUUUCGUCUUUUGCAUACUGACUGUAGAGGUGUAUCGAUACUCUGUUACAUCGGUCAUCUUGAUAUGUUCACGCCAGUUAAUGGGAACCGGACUUUAUUAGCCUUGGGAGCGUGGUAUAACUAUACAACCUCGUACCCAAUGAGCCCUGCAUGUGCAUGAGGUUGGGUACUCUAAAGCCGUGUGGUGUUCAGGAUAAAUUUAAUUUAGAGAAGUACAUCCUCUCUACCCCGCAGAGGCUUUUUAGGAAAACCAAUUUCCUAAUUGUUAAGGCCAUUCAACAAGCAUAAAAACAACAAUUGAAAGUACAAAAAUAUGAAAAAUAUGAAGAAUUGAAUAAAGACGAAGUAUUAAAAUAUGACAGUAAUUAGCUAUGUGGUUCAAAUUUAGUUGAAAGGUUCAUGCACAUGUAUAAUGAAUCCUCCCUAUUUUUUGCUUUUAGGAGGGGAGGGCUAAAAUUGCAAUGACGUAAUUGUUGAAUGGCCAUAAACAAAACCUGUAGAUCCUCAUCUCCUUCAACAACAAUAGGGCAAAGUUUAGUCCUUUUGAAAAUUCUGCUCCUGCAAGAUUCACCUUGAUAUGCUCUCCUGUAAUACAUAUAGACUAAAUUAUAUGCAACAAUGUAUUUUAUUUAGCUCGUUAUAUUGCACAUUACAUGGACUGGUGUAUAAUAUCAACAAUUUCAGUCGAGUACCAUGGCAUUCCCUUUGGAAUUGCAGUCUCGGUUGCAGACGGUCCAGUCAAUAACAGUACAGGUGUACCAUACAUCUAUAUAAUGCCUGAUUCUCCAAGUGGCGAAGAUCUGGAAAAGAAUGCAUCAUCAACAUUUAGUUUUUCCGAAGCAAUGAGUGAUUAUUGUUCAAGAAAUGAUUAUAUUGCAGAAGAUCCAAGAUGUGCAAGAUUGGUUUUAGUGGGCAAGGUAUGGCUUGCUGGAGCAUGUUUUCUGGAGCAUUCCCAAUAAAUAAAAUAUUUGAGAGCUUUAGAUUCAGGACGAUUUAUAUACAUGGUAAACGCCAUCUGACUAUUUAAAUAUAGGCCUACAUGGUAAACGCCAUCUGACUAUACAUUACCAAACUGGCAAAUGUUUGUCAUUAACGUUAGAGUAUAAAAUCUCCCUGAAAAACCCAUUAAUUAAAGAGUUACAUGUGUUUUAGGUGACGAAACUUACCGCGGACGAAAUUCCAUUUGCAAAGGAAGCAUUGUUUUCUAGAAAUCCAGUCAUGAAAUUUUGGCCAGCUUCUCACAGUAAGUAAUUCAGUUUCUGAUGAUUUUAACAUGCUGCUUGUAUAAACAGAUGGAGUAUAUAUGCACUAGAUGGAGAUGCAAAAAGCAUUAAUCUGAAACAAAAUAGGCAUAUAUAAUCUAGGCCAUAUACAGGAGCGGCAACUGAAUCCCUCCUCCCGCCCGUCAGCGAAAAUUCAACUUACGAUCAACUUUAGUUUGAUUGUUAGUUGUAAAAGUCAUGAAUAAUUAAUAAGGCCACAAACAAAUCACGAUGCGGUACUUAGGUCACAUGCAUGUGCACACUUGUAAACCGCAUUAAAGAUCAGAAAGUCAUGCUAUAGAGGGUGUUUAUAAAAGUUAACAAUACUAAUUGGAGAAACAUGGAUGUUUAUGAAAGUUAACAAUGUUAUAAUUUAAGUUUUAAUAGCAUGCUAAUGAAGCGUGAGAUUGUCCCGAUGGGCAGAGAAUACUAAUAAAGUAAACAAAUAAAUUAAUUUUACAAAUACGUUAAAAUAUUCGCAACUGAUCUUUACGUACUAUUUAAAAAACGAGCAGGAGUGUUUUAUUAGGUUUAAAGCCACGAGCGCGCAGCGCGAGUGGCUUUAGACCUAAUAAAACACGACCUGCGAGUUUUUUAAAUGGCUUCAAAAACAUUUGCAUAAUAAGUCAAAUCUUUAUAUAAAAAUCUUUAUAUAAAAAUCUUUAUAUAAAAAUCUUUUAUAUAGUUUGCAUAACAAUGGUCUUUUGUUAAAGUGUUCUUUAGUUGGUAUAAAGACAUAUGCACGUGACUAAUUUCUUACUCAAGAUUGGAUAAUUGCUUCAUGAAUUAUUAAGGAGUUUUUGAAGGGCAUUUAACAAUGGCUCGCGCUGCGCGCUCUCCAUUGUAGUAAAUGCCUAUAAAGAUCAGCUGCUCAUAUUUUAACUAUAUACUUAAUAUAUAUUCUUUGGUUAUUUGGGUACUUAUUUCAGCAUAUAGAUAAUACUCCCCCCCCCCCGGUGGACGAAUUCUGCGCACGACCCGAACCACCGAACUAAUCAUAUGUCAUGUUUGUGACAUUUUUUGUUUUAGAAUUCUAUUUUGCGAAGCUUGAAAUAAGUCAUGUUCAUGUCCUUGAUACGUUUGGUCCAUCUCACGAGGUCCCACUCAAAGAUUAUUUUGCCGCGAAAGUGUAG